GAGAAACGAUGUGGUGGUCAUCAAUGAUCAAACGGUCACAAGAGCGAGAGUAGGGAAUUUCUCUCACCUCUUCUCUCUGAAUAUAUGUGAGGCUCAGCCCCUUUUAUCUGGCUUUCUUUCCAAUUUCGCGUGUAUUUCCCGAAUCCCCUGACAUCGAAGAAAGAACAAGAAACCAGCCACUUCUUCAAACCCCUCUUCCCUCCCAUCUAUCAAGAGAAACCAGGAGUGGUUAAUCGAGUGUGAAAAACCCAAGCAACCCGAUUGAUUGUUCCCAUUGUUUCUGAAAUCGUAUACGUUGUAUUUAGUCUGAACGCUCUUAACUGAGAUCUUGUCCUUCCUACAAUGUUCUUCGCCUUGUAGCGGACAAGGGCAUGGAAGAGGAUUGUAGGUACAAGUAAAAUUGUCUAGAGGGGAGUGGACUAGUGGAGAGAAAAGGAAAAAAAGCUGAGACACUUUCAAAUCUUUCUAGCAGUGGAUAAUAGUGCUUUAUCUGCUCUUGUUGGUGAGUGCCACCGGAGUGUCAUUUUUCCGUCGAGCUUUCAACAAUAUUGUUUGAACUUCUGGUGCAUCUGGAGUGUAACAUAGUAGAACAGAGCUCUGGAAAGGAAUGUGGGGUCAUGGUGCAUGGAGAAGAAUAUAGUUGCUGCUGUGUUCCCUCACUGGAGCAUUGUUGUAAGAAAGUAAUUGGAGGAUACUGUUUUUCACACGGCACUCUUUUUGCUGCUUGUAAAAUUGUGUGCGAUGUCUCGCUGCUUUCCUUUUCCACCACCAGGAUAUGAAAAGAAACCCAAUUCAGUUGAUGCAUUUCUGCCAAAAGAGGAGAAGAGCAAAGAAAAAAGACAUAAAAAGGAGAAGAAAGAUAAAGAGAAGGGAGAAGGUAAAGAAAAAAGGGAUAAGGAUAGAAGGGAGGGGAAACACAAAGAAAAGAAAGACAGAAAAGAUAAACAAAAGGACAAGAAGGAAAAGAGUAGAGACAAGAAAAGGGGGGACAGAGAGAACAAAAGCAAAAAUAAAGAUAAAAAAAGUGUCUGUGAGGAAGCAUUGGCUGUUGGCCAUCCUGGAGCUCUUUCUACUUCAGAAGAACCUGAUAAGAAUGUCAUUAAUUCAGAUGAGAAGAAAACCUCUGUUCAACACGGACAGAAGGCCAUUCAAGGCAGAUUGGGUCUUAAUGGAGAGGCAGAGGAGUCGAAAUUUGUGCAGGAGCUGGCUAGAAGGAUCAAAGAUGAAGAAAAUGGGAAAGGAAUCCAGUUGGCUGGAAGAUUCUCAGGUGAGGGGCAGAAGGAAGAGAAAAUCGGCAAGGUGGUUGGGGUCAAGGUAUCUAGAAGUUUGGCUGAAGACUUGGGAAGUAACAUAGAGAGGAGUGGCGUUGAUGACAGAAAGCUGGGUAGAGGGGUCAGAGUUGACGAAAAUGGAAAAGGAAUCCUGUUGGCGGGAAGAUUCUCUGGUGAGGGGAAGAAGGAUGAAAGAAUGGACAGGGUGGUUGGCGACAAGGUUUCUAGAAUUUUGGCUGAAGAUUGUGGGACCAACAUGGAAAGGAGUGGUCUUGAUGACAGGACGAUGGAUGUCAUGCAAGCAACCGUGAAUGAAUCUAGACGUAGGACUAAUGCAUUUGUCGCCCCUAACAUCUAUAGGUCCAACGAUAAUAAAGUCGAAGGGAUGCCCAUGGCUUGUGGGGUCAAGGGGAAUUCAUUGAAUUUUACUGAAAAUAAGGUUGCAUACACGGAGAAGAGUUUGGAUUGCAGGGGGAUAGAUUCACAUGCUACCCAAAGUGAAUCUAGACAAAGUGGAAACACAAUACUCCCCAACAUCACAGCGUUUGGCAAAAGUAUGUUCGAAGGAAUGCAUAGACCGCAGGAAGAGAAUAACAAAAGGAAAGAGGAAAAAGAGAAAACUAAAGAAAGAGGUGAUGGAAAGUCGGGAGAAAAAGGAAAGGAUAAAGGUAGAGAUAAGAAGGAGAAGGAUAGAGAUAAGAAAAGGCACAAGAAGAGCAAAGACCGGGAAAAAGAGAAGAAAAAGGAGAAGAAGUCGAAGGAAAAAAGUGAUCAUGAUAGACUUCAAAACAUUAGAAGCAAUACAACUUCAGAACUUUCAAGGGAUAGCGAUGCUGGUGCUGCUUUUGAUGUAAAUCUAAAAAAAAGAAAACUUGUUCCAAAUGGUUUUGUACAUGAUGACGAAGCUAGGCCUGCUAAAAUACCCAAGCCUGCUUCUCAUGGGCCAAUACAGAAUGGAGACAAAGUUGAAACUUUCCAUGUUCCUGUCAUUUCAAACAGGCUAAGCGUUUCUGAUAUUAAGGUGGCUAAUAAGACGCAGAAGAGGAAUGGUGCAGUAGAUGGUCAGCCAUCAGUGUCUAUUCCUAGACCAAAGCUUUCGCCUCCUACUACUAGUAUUGGUCAAAUUGCUGAACCAUCUCUAACACCUCCACUUGCUGAUCAAUUUGCCGAAACAACUGGGAGAACUCCUCCAGUUGACCAUACUGCCAAGGCAGUUGGCAGACUUCCCUUUUCUGAUCAAACUGCCGAAACACUUGGCAAACCUCCUAUUUCCAAAACGCUUGUCAAACAUCCAUUUUCCAAAACACCUGUCAAGCCUCCUCAAGCUUAUCAAACUGCUGAAACAAUUGGUAGACCUCCUAGUGCUGAUCACACUGCCGAAACACUUGGCAAACUUCCCUUUUCCAAAACAUCUGUGAAACCACCUCAAGCUUAUCAAAUUGCUGAAACACUUAGGAUACCACCUUCUGCUGAUCAAAUUGUUGAAAAACCUCUCCAUGCUGAUAAAAUUGCUGAAGUGUGUCGGAAACCUCCUAGUGCUGCUAUAUUUGCUGAAGUGUCCAAGAAACCUUCUCAAAACAAUGUAGUUGUUGAAGCACCAAAGAGGUCUCCUCAUCCUGAUGUCAAGUAUCUGAACCAGAUCCUCACUGUUCCCAAAAUGGAAGAGUGGGUUGAAUGCGAUGAUGACAACGAAUGGUUGUUUGGAAGCAAAGAUCCUUCAGAGAAGAAGUCAGGGGUGCGUUCCAACGUGAUCAAUGAGGAGCUCCAGGUAUGGUCCGAAGCUCGGUAUAUAGAAUCUACAGAUAUUUAUGCUCUGCCAUAUGUAAUUCCUUAUUGAGUGCUCUGGGAAUUUGGUGCAAUCCUAUUGGUGAGGUCAUCAAAUGUGACUUGUCACACAUUCAUAACCAUCAUCAGGCCUGGGCAUGAGUAUAUGCUGGGAUUUCGGUUGCAUUGUUUUUGCUUGUGUUCUCAAAUUUUGGGGAAUUUUUGCCCCAAGUAGAACACAAAAUUGAUUCAGAGGGGAUUUUUCCCAAGGCCCACCAAGGUUGACAUCAAAGUUGUCCACAAUCUUAUGCAAGUUGAUUCAAUUAGUGUAAAGCUCAGAGGCUCCUUUCUAAUUGAGUGUGAGAGGAAGUUGAGCUUUGUGGACUUUACACCUCCAGAAAAUUUUGAUUUGUAACAUAGAACUCUUUAUAGAUGUAAAAUAGAGAAAAAUGAAAGCAGUUAUUCCAAUUUAUUUAUUUCUGCUUGUGUCCGAGGCUCUGUUUGAAUGGGCAUGUGGCAAGUCCGAAUUUUUUAUACUGUCUCCUCACUUACAGU